AAAGUUGUUCCAGACAAAGUUCUAGUACAAAAGAAGUACACAAUUCCAAAAGGAGUUGGAUUGUUCGGAUACCAACCUGAACCAGAAGAACUUCCAAUGAGGUUGCAAGAACUUCAAGAUGCUAUAAACAAACUUCCAUUGAGACAUCCAAUUGACGUCAAAUUGUAUUGGAGAGCAUCUGAGUUAGGUCAGAAGGUUUUAUAUGAAACAGGUUGCUUCGACGAUGUUUAUGAGAUAACAGGAGAAGUUUCUCAGAAGAUAAGAGACUCACUUGAAUUUCCACAAACUGGACCAAUUGGUUGCGACAAGUUCGACUCAUAUGAAAAGAUAUACUAUGUCGACCUUAACGCUGCAUACAUGAGGUUUGUCCAAUAUAUCCCGACUGGAAUUCCAAACGAAGACGGUGAGUUCCCAGGAAGGAACUAUACAGUUGGAAAAGUCAUACAACAACUGUAUGAUAUUAGGAAAGCUUCAAACCCCAAACUUGCAAUGACACUCAAAUUGCUUAUGAAUUCGACAUGGGGAUAUUCCAUUAAGAAACCUCAAGAGAUGAAGAGUAAACAUUAUGAGAAGGUCGACAACUUUGUUGAAAGGUUUUCUCCUUUUGUUUUGAAGUACGAAUUCACUCAAGGUCAAAGUGGCUUAGUAACCACAGUAAAACCUAUUGUCGAACAUUGGUCCUACCCUCAGUUCGCAAAGGCAGUCCUUGACAACUACAACAAAUUUUUCUCCGAGGUCAAAUCCAAAAUUGUGGUUUACUAUGAGAACAUCGACGCACUCAUGACGAACGAAGAAGGCUAUAACAAACUCAUUGAAAUGGGAAUGGUCGGUGAAAAGAUGGGCUGUUUUAAGCUAGACAAGGUAUUUUCCGAAGUUCAUGUUCUCUCCAAGCGUAAGUACUGGGGUAUACUUGAAGACGGCACAGAAAUAAAACAUUGCAUGAAGUAA